CGUUUCAUCAAUGCUCCGUGUGGACUGACUAUUAUUAAUCACCACCUGCUUUUCAGAGGGCAAAGUGCCUGUUUCAAAACUUCCUCAGGAGAAACUUGCGGAAGUGGUGUCUCUCAUUUUGCAGAUAAAGGAGCUGGAGUUUACACACAGAGACCUAGAGCAGGAAUUGGGUCCCGAGCAAACAACUGCAUUGGAUGAAAUAGCACCCACUAACUUGGGCAAAAUGACCCCUUAUACUUGAAACCUUACAUAAGCACUAGCCAGUUUAGCAAGGAAAUUCAUCCAGGUACGGAGACUCAAUGUGCCUAAAUGGGAAGGAGAAGCAGGCUAGGAGUGGAGUGCAGUAGUCUUGUUUAUGGUCUGUAUUUUUUAAGCUCAGUGGCAAAGAACCUGUCUUAGAGAGCUUCUGCCAGUCAGAGUUUAUCGCACUGGGUUGGUUGAACCAACGGUUUGGCAUUACAAGGCAGAUUCAUAUGAUAUGAGCCGGUUGCACACAGACACACAACCCUCCAAGUGUACAAGGAGCAAGGGUGUUGUCUGUGGGCUGCAAAGGAGAGCUAUAUGCAUGGGACGCUUUCUCCAAGUGCCAACUCUGACAUCAUUCCCAGCCAGUUGAGCCCUGUUCCUCAUUCUGAAGGCACCUCAAAAUACGAUGAAGAUUUUUUCUCUGGGCUAAGCCCGGAAGAGAAGGAAUGUCUAGAGAACUUGCUGCAGACAAUUGACUCCUUGGAUGAGGACCUUUUAGAUGAUGAUGAAGAAGAAGAAGAAGAGGAAGAAGAGAGUCAUCAGGAACUGGCAGAACCACUAGGUGCUGAGGACCAAUGCAAGGACAGUGUUGACUCCAGGAUGCUUCAAAGUACGUCUGUGGAGGCAGCCUUAGCCAAGCCCAGUUCUCCUCGCCCAGCCCUUUCCAAGAUUAAAAUGACCAAGUCCCUUUUGGAGGAAUCAGCUGACAUCACUCUGAGGAGGAACAGGCCCAACCCUUCUUCUCCCAAAGCCAGAGGGCCUCAUAGAUUGGCGGAAUCUCACCCUGCUUACUUCAGGAAGUUUGACACAAUAAUGAGGUCAGGAGUCAACGUCCAAGAGCUUCGCUCUCGCUUCCUCCACCACCUUGACAGCUCCACUGCUGUCAGAGGGCCAACAGAGGAUGCUGCAGGAACAGAUAAGCAGCCCUUGCCAUUUCCUGGAGGCCAGAGGUCCCCUAGGGAUGAAGCACUGCAGAAGCUGGGCCUCUUCCAGAGAAUUUCUAGUGUUCCAAAUAUGAAAAGUCCUCUGGGGCCCACGGUGGGCCAGCAUGCCCAGGAUUCACAGGCCGAAAGCCUGAACCACAUGGGAAUGGCAGGCUCCACCAACACCAUGGGAAAGCCUGUGAAAUAUUGCACACACCCCAAUCUCUGAGAAGUGAGAGACUCCAGGCGUUCCAGCCCUGACCCAGGUUUUGGUUUCCUUGGAAUGAAGGUCAGUGGAGACUGGUGUCUUUAGGAUGUGUGGUUUUAUUUGCACAUGUAUAUACAACCUAAGCAUAGGAUGGAGGGACUCAUAGCAUUAACAGUCCAACAGAUCUUGCUUCCCCAUUAGGUUUCCAGAGAAGACCCAAAGUGACCAGUUUGGGCCCCACGCACAGAGCAAGACCUGUCUCUGUCUCUCCAGCUUCCAGCCUCAGAUAAAACUCACCCACCAGAACCAACUCCCCUGGCUUAUCGCUCCCCUUCCUAUGAUGACAUGGCAUGCAGUCAGGUGAGGUGGGAAAUGGCCCACCCAUUUGUAUCUAUGGCAGUCUCUUAGGACAUGUAAAUGACGGUGCUUCAGGGCCGGAUUAGGACCUUUAGAGGCCCUGGACACUUAAAAGGUUUUGGUGCCCCCUUACAUAUCUAAUUCAAAACAUAAACAAUGAUAAAACCGCAAAAUUAACUUUUAUUUUUUGAAAUGAAAUGAAGCCUACAGUAAUAUGGAAAACAAUGUUUAUUUUUGUAUACUUCCACUUUAUUUGUAUUAGAAAAAAAUUCUCCUGUGUUUUCUAAUGCAAAGUGUUUGAUCAGAUCUUCAUUCAAUAACCAUUAAUCCCUAUUUUUACUAUGUUGUUAUUAUUAUUUAUUGUAUAUACAUAUAUAUGUAUUUUUUUCAAUUAUUUUGGAGGUUUUUUUGUGUGGAACCUGGUUCAGCGACACCAUUUGGUCCAUGGUAAAUCCGGCAAUGGGACUUUCCCAUGGUGCCCCUCUUCCCUUGAUGCCCUAAACACACACGUAUUUUGCUUAAUGGUUAAUCUAGCCCUGCAGGUGCUUAACAGUCCAGCCAAGGCCAUUAUGUUGUCUGACCAGUUCAGCGGCCUCUUCUACUUGAUUCUAAACCUCCCCAGUGACAGGAUCGCUGGUUCAGAAGAAACUCUUGACCAUCCCCAAGACUGACCCCCUACAAACCUACAGCACUAACGAUGGCUACUGUUCAAGUACAGGUACUUUCUUAGGUGUGGUUGGGCCAAAAGGCGGGUUGCAGAAAGAAAACGGACCUGCAGAGUCCCAAGAGGCUCUUUGCAAACCCCGUCCAUUAGCUGAGAAAACAAGCGGCGUGGGCUCCUCUAGUGUCGAAGAGAAACUUCCAAGUUGCUUCUGCAAGAUAGCCUGUAAUUAGUGCAGAGAGGCAACUCAGUAAGCAAGACACAAUGUAUGAUAACACAUCUGAUAUUUUUAGACUUUCUCAUCCUUAAGGAGCUACUCCCUGAUAGUCCGUCGAGGUGGGCUGUGUGAAAGUGUUGGAUUUCAUUGCUAGACUUCACAAUGCCUGACAUGUUUAGUGUUGAUUUUUGUUCUGUUUUCAUUUUGCAUGUGCUCUUACCCAUCUGCCAUUGGUUAGCCUUCCAGUCCAGAGAUCUGUGUACAGCUUGUUUUCCUUCUUGUUGUUGUGGAAUAAUAAAAUC